AUGCUGCCAUUCCGCUCGUCUCGUCCCACCAGACGUACGCCUUCGGGCAUCGACAGACUCUUCUCCGGUGCGCUUCUGGCCCACACCAACGCCGGCAGCACAUACUCGAGCAUCCCACUAGAGCCAGCGACUCCCACGACCAUUGGCAGGGGGUCAAACGACCAACUUGAGUCCAGCAGCGACCAAGAAUUUGAGUACACCAACAAGAUGAAGCGAGCAUGCGGCCUACCAAUUCACAUCGCCGACUUCAUUCUUGACCUCUCACACAACGACUUGUUCGAAAACGAAAGUACAUCUCAGACAGCCACCACUGCGCUUGUGCCUGCCUCCGCCAACCCAGCUGCAGUGACCAGCACCAGUGGAGAAGACGACGACGACGACAAGGACGAAUCGACAAAGUACACCGUCCCAUGGCCAACCAGCCUCCGUCCUCGCGCGGUUCCCGAGCCAAUCGGGCUCGUCCUGUCUUCCUCGCGUGAGCUAGUACUCUACGAACCAAACCAAGUCUCCCUCCUCAUGAGCAUGCCGGCCGAGAUCCGCGAGCUCAUUUACCUCUCCCUCCUCGCGCCAAGCGCGCACACCAAGACGACCAUCCCAGCGACCGACCCCGUGCCCGCUGCGGCCAACGUCUUCCUCCUCACCCCCUCCACCCAGGCCUCCGACCUACAAGAACAGGCCCUAACCUUCCUCGGCACGUGCUCCCUCCUCCUCACGAGCAAACACAUCCGCGCCGAGUUCCUCCCCCUCUUUGCCGCCCGCUACACCUACACCUUCAGCGCCGCGGACGACCUCAUCGCCAUCAUGCUGCCCAAGCCCCUCGGCGCCUCCGACCUGUCCCUCUCCUGGACCCACCUCGCACACGUCGAGCUCACCACCGAUAUCGUCGCCUUUGGUGGCGCCCGCUCCAUCCGCGCCUACAUGCAGCUGGCUUCGCUGACGCUGUACUGCCUGCCUUCCCUGCAGACGUUGAUCUUGACAAUGCUGCCCGCGGCGUACUCGCCCGUGCGCUUCCUGGUCGCGAGCGGCGACGACGGCGCCUCCGCCCUGAACACGUACCAGUGCAGCGUGCUGCACCGGUACGGCGCCGGCACGGGCUUCGCGGCGCGCGGUUUCGCGGCCGAUUUGCUGGGCGUGCGCGGCAUGGGCUGGGGCGAGGAGUUUUUGAAGUUGGGCGAGUUGCUGCAGGGCUGGAUGCGCAGAGAGCGUAUCGCGGAUUUGGAGUUGUUCGGAGGAAUGUAUGUGUCCAAGACAGGUGGGGCGGCGCUGAGCGUGAAGUUGGUGAAGUGA